ACCCUAGCUAUAGACGCUCUCCCGUCUUCCCCUUUGUUUGCACACCAUACACAAACACGGAGACUGAAGAGCUGAUCUGAAGAUGGUGCAGCGUCUGACUUACCGAAAGCGUCACAGCUACGCUACCAAGUCUAACCAACACCGUGUGGUGAAAACUCCUGGUGGGAAAUUGAUUUACCAAACCACCAAGAAGAGAGCUAGCGGACCCAAGUGCCCAGUUACUGGCAAGAGGAUUCAAGGGAUCCCUCACUUGAGACCUGCUGAAUACAAGAGAUCUAGAUUGUCUAGGAACCGCAGGACUGUGAACCGUGCCUAUGGAGGAGUCUUGUCUGGAAGCGCUGUUCGGGAGAGAAUAAUCCGAGCCUUCUUGGUGGAGGAGCAAAAGAUUGUGAAGAAGGUUUUGAAGAUCCAGAAGUCAAAAGAAAAACUAGCCUCAAAGAGCUAGAUGAGAGGUGUAUGAAGUGGAGUUUUCCUACUUAGAGGAUGUUUCUGCCAACUUUUGUUAUUGCUUAAUGGCCAGUCAAAUGUGGAAUUGAUUAUUAGCUUGCUUGAUACUCUCAUGACUUGGAUAUGUUAAUUUUACUUAUUGUCAAUUUGAUUUCCUUGCCUAUA